CGCCUCCUCGCCGCGCGGGGCCGCGCAGCGCGCUCCCGCAGCCCCUCCCCACACGAGCUCCACCCAGGUCGCAAGCAGCGCGGUCGGCGGCGGCUGUUUCCCGCCAUUGUGCGAAGUGGAGGCUGGGGGCUGCACGCGCUGCGCCUGACGGCCUCGGGCAGCUUGGCCGCCGCCGCAGCCGCUGCUCCCUGAGGCACGCGGAGGCCCGGCGGCCCGCGCCCCGCUGUGCGUGGGAGGGUGCGGGCGAGGAGCGGCCGAGCCCCUGAGGAGAAGCUGGGCACCGGCCACCCGGGCCGCGCCGACCCCGGCCCCCGGCGAGAUGCCCUGUGGGGAGGACUGGCUCAGCCACCCGCUUGGGAUCGUGCAGGGUUUCUUCGCCCAAAAUGGAGUUAAUCCUGACUGGGAGAAGAAAGUAAUUGACUAUUUUAAGGAAAAGCUGAAAGAAAAUAAUGCUCCUAAAUGGGUACCAUCAUUGAAUGAAGUUCCCCUUCAUUAUUUGAAACCUAACAGUUUUGUGAAAUUUCGUUGCAUGAUUCAGGAUAUGUUUGACCCUGAGUUUUACAUGGGAGUUUAUGAAACAGUUAACCAAAACACAAAAGCACGAGUUCUUCAUUUUGGAAAAUACAGAGAUGUAGCAGAGUGUGGGCCUCAACAAGAAUUGGAUUUAAACUCUCCAAGAACUACCACUUUGGAAAGACAGACUUUCUAUUGUGUUCCAGUGCCUGGGGAAUCUUCAUGGGUAAAGGAAGCCUAUGUUAAUGCAAACCAAGCUCGAGUCAGUCCCUCAACAUCCUACACUCCCAGUCGUCACAAGAGGAGUUACGAAGAUGAUGAAGAUAUGGACCUACAGCCCAAUAAACAGAAAGACCAACAUGCAGGUGCCAGACAAGCAGGGAAUGUUGGUGGACUCCAGUGGUGUGGAGAGCCAAAGCGUUUAGAAACUGAAGCUUCUACUGGGCAACAGCUGAACUCCCUGAACCUCUCUUCUCCUUUUGAUCUGAAUUUUCCAUUGCCAGGAGAAAAGGGCCCUGCAUGCCUUGUGAAGGUUUAUGAAGAUUGGGAUUGUUUCAAAGUAAAUGACAUUCUUGAGCUAUAUGGCAUACUAUCUGUGGAUCCUGUGCUAAGUAUACUGAAUAAUGAUGACAGGGAUGCCUCUGCACUGCUGGAUCCAAUGGAGUGCACAGACACAGCAGAAGAGCAGAGAGUACACAGUCCUCCUGCUUCAUUAGUGCCAAGAAUUCAUGUGAUUUUAGCCCAGAAGUUGCAACACAUCAACCCAUUAUUGCCUGCUUGCCUUAACAAAGAGGAGAGCAAAACCUGUAAGUUUGUUUCAAGUUUCAUGUCCGAGUUGUCUCCAGUCAGGGCAGAACUGCUUGGGUUCCUCACUCAUGCCCUUUUGGGGGAUAGUUUGGCUGCUGAAUACCUUAUAUUACAUCUCAUCUCUACAGUAUAUUCAAGAAGAGAUGUUCUUCCACUAGGAAAAUUUACAGUUAACUUGAGUGGUUGCCCACGGAAUAGUACUUUCACAGAACACUUAUAUCGAAUUAUUCAACACCUUGUGCCAGCUUCUUUUCGUCUACAGAUGACUAUAGAGAACAUGAACCAUUUGAAAUUCAUUCCCCACAAAGACUACACAGCCAAUCGGUUGGUCAGUGGACUUCUCCAGCUACCGAACAAUACUUCACUUGUGAUUGAUGAGACUCUUCUGGAGCAAGGGCAGCUGGACACCCCAGGUGUUCACAAUGUGACUGCCCUGAGCAACCUAAUAACUUGGCAAAAGGUGGAUUAUGACUUCAGUUACCACCAGAUGGAAUUCCCCUGCAAUAUUAAUGUUUUUAUUACUUCGGAGGGCAGGUCACUCCUCCCGGCAGACUGCCAGAUUCACUUACAACCCCAGCUAAUUCCACCAAACAUGGAGGAGUACAUGAACAGCCUUCUCUCAGCGGUGCUGCCUUCUGUGCUGAACAAAUUUCGCAUUUAUCUAACCCUUUUGAGAUUCCUGGAUUAUAGCAUAUCUGAUGAAAUAACCAAGGCAGUUGAGGAUGACUUUGUGGAAAUGCGUAAGAAUGACCCUCAGAGCAUCACUGCUGACGAUCUCCACCAGCUACUUGUGGUGGCUCGGUGUCUGUCUCUCAGUGCUGGUCAGACGACACUGUCAAGGGAACGAUGGCUAAGGGCAAAGCAGCUGGAGUCUCUAAGAAGAACCAGGCUUCAGCAGCAAAAGUGUGUGAAUGGAAAUGAACUUUAAAGAUGGGAGGAGGCCUAUGAAGAAUAAUGGGCAAAUUGUAGUUGCAUUAUUGUAAAAUUCAAGUAUCAUUUAUACCACAUUGUUUUAUAGAUGAUUUGUAUCACAAACCAAUGAUUUUUCCUGAAAUUAAGCCGGUAACACCUGAAGUUUAUAUGAUACUCAGUAAGGGCUUUUACCUUACUGGUUUUAUGGAGCUUUUCAAGUUUGUUUUAUAAUUAUAUAAAUUAGUAAUGAUGUAAAAAUAUUUGAUAUUAAAAGUUUAAUAUUGACUAAUGUUGCUGAUUAUACCAUUUCCUUAGCUUCAGGUAAGUCAUAGGCCAGACUCUGUUGAAUUGCUGAUGUUAAUUUCAUAUGAGAGUUGUGCACUUCAUAUUUGUCUUUCUAGUUAACGGCGGGGCUGGGUGUGCUCAGUAGUCCAAGUUAUGGGACUCGGCUGUGAUUGCCAUUGAUUCACAAGACCAUGUGAAACUGUCUUGUCAUUUCCCAGGCACUUGGCCACAGAAACUUUUCCCCACUUAACACUUAUUAACAGCCUGCAAAACUAGUCUUUUGCAUGGCAGUGGUUCCUAAACUUUUGGAAUUCAUGGGUCAGUAAUAUUCCCAAAAUGUUUGGGGACUAUAGAGUUACCAAUUUAUUUUACCAAGUAACGUAAAAGAAAUAACUGCAUUAUCACUUUUUUUCAUAAAAGGACAAUCUCAGAACACGAGAUAAACCCCACUACAUUGUCCUUAUUCUUCUCAUUACAUCCAGUGCAUUUGGGAACCACACUUAAGGGAAUGCUGCCCCACAAAGUUUUACCCAAGUAUGAAAACAAAAUAGUACCUCUUUAGAAAGAAUGGUUUCUAAUUAUCUUCCUAAUGUCUCAUUUACUUUGGUUGACUGUAUUAGAUUUUUAGCUUUUUAAAUCAACUAAUAUCUGCUACUCCAGUAACGGCCUGAUAGAACUGCAGGUAGGUUUUCCCCAGACCAAUUAGUUUUAAUAUCCAACUUUUAAAGGAACAAAAAUAUCAGCAAAUUACUAUAAGUAGUAUAAUUGGGGCAAUAAGGAUCUUCAGAAAGGUUAGAAUGUUACUUUAAGCUAUGAAUGGUAUGUAUAAAGAUUAAUUUCUUCUAGUAAGUAACUUACCUAGUUGGAAACAGAUCAAAUAAAUGAUCCCUUAAAAUUUUUCCAGUAAGGCCUAAAUUGACAUUGUUAACCAAGGAAACAGGGUCAGCCUUGAAAAAUCAAGGAAUUCAUGCCUAAUGAACUGAAGUAAAAAUUACUAGUUCAAUAUCAACUUUUCCUAAAUUCAAAUUUAUUUUUAUAAACUAAUGUGUAAAUAAUGUUUAUAUUAGAAUUCUAACUGGUUUUCAUUUUUAUAACUGGUAGACUAGACCUUCCUUAAACUUUUAGAAAUAAAAUGAAAGCUUAACUGGAUUUGAGAAUGAAAUACAUUUUCUUUAAUUGUCCUAGAACAAAGUAGAUUAGUUACCGUGUGUUUAUUGUGCCAAUGUAAAUUGUAAUUCACCAAAGAAAAAUACGUAAUUUGCUUGGUCUUGGAGAAAAGUUCCCUUGAAAGAACCCUCUUUCCAAUAAAUAAAACUUCCCAAAUUACCAGUA